CAGUUUGGGACCAAUUCUGACUGCCCACUCGCUGCCACUUUCGCCCCUCAACCUCCAGCACUAGGCUAUCAACAAGCCAACGGUCGGUGGCGUUCACACCUCCACACCUCCACGCCAGCACAGCCCACUCGAGCACGCUCGAUUGACCCACGCCAUUCCACUGGCGCCAACGCGUACCACCAAUAUAACCACCCCAGUAUUAGACUGAUCCAGCAUCCCCCAGUGUUUGUCUGACACCAUGCCUUCCGAAACCAUAUGGUCCAACAACGGAGGCUCGCCUAUCCAGAGCAACUCAGGGUCCUCUGCCCAGUACAGAAGCGUCUUGGACCAGGUCGACCCCGAAGUGGCCAAGCUCCUCGGAAACAACCCCUCGCAGCUUACGUCGGAAAGACGGUUCUCGUUCAACGACGGCAGCGACAUCGACGGCAACUUGUUCGGGUUGAAACGUGGCUCGUUGUCUGCGAUUACAGCCCCUGUGGGUGGCGCUUCCAGCGUCAACUACAACGUCAACCAGAACUCCUCCAACAAUAACCGGUUGAACUUUGGUACCGCUUCUAUCAGCGGCGGGAUUGCCAGCAGGCACCCACCUCAGGACAGCUUCUUGCAGAAGUUCUCGUCGGUCGCUGACGCCACCCGCGAAAUCGAGUUGUCCAACGGCCUCAGCAACAUCUCCUUGGACAACCCCGGCUCUAGAAGAACCAGCUUCAACAACGAUGGCAUCAAGCCAUUGGACUUCAACCUGUUGGGUUCUCCCCGUGGGUCCUUGAAUGAAAACUUGAACAUGCCCGCUCCAAGAACUUCAAGGCACCAGUCCAUCAGCGAGAAAAUCGACCACUACAACAACACCUCUCCAAUCCAAGCCAGCGCGGCCUUGUCAAUCGCGUCCGACUCCCUCCAGUCGGAUCAUAAGGGCUCUCGCAUCAGCCACCAAACCAACGCGCCCCAGAACUUCUGGAACCCUGCAACUGCUGCAUCGUUCACUCCUGCGUUUUCUUAUGGAUAUUUGGGCGACAACUCGUUUCCUGGUGGCGUCCCAGUCCCUCCACCACCACCACCCCAGCAAGCUCAGCAGCCAUUUAAUCACUACAACCGUGGUCCCAAGAGCAACAACAUCCCUCCAAUCAGCCCUCCUGCCUUCAUUAUCCCAUCCCCACCUCCUCAGUUCAUUGAUCCUAGCAUCUACGGAAUGAUGGGAUAUGGAGUUUCUGGAAUUGAUGAAGAGAAGCAACUGGAUGAGGCUAUUGAGAAAAAUGAAGACGUUCAGCUUGACGAGGAAGGGAGACCAAAAGAAGGGUCGAGAAAUGUACACACUCCUGGAAUUGGUAUGAUGAAUCGUCAAGCCCCUCCUGCCUCAUUCAUGUUCCACCCAUUCAGUCCUUAUCCGAUGUAUCAGCAAGGACCACCAAUGGGAAUGCCUCAUUCUCCAGUUCAGCAACCUUUGGAUGGCAACGUCAAACACUUCGACGCCCCAGUUGCAGGAAACCCACCUCCGCCACCACCUCCACCACCUGCGCCAACUACUGGUACUGGUGGAAAGAGAAAAGGUGGAUCUAGAAAUAAUCAUAAUGAAAAUGGCGGUAAGGGCGGUAAUCAUAUUUACAGAUCUCCAUUGUUGGAAGAGGUUCGUUCUAAUUCGAAGGGUAAAGAAUAUUACUUAAAAGACAUUUAUGGCCACGCUAUCGAAUUUACUAAAGAUCAACAUGGGUCCAGAUUUAUUCAACAAAAAUUACCUGAUGCCAGUGAAGAAGAGAAGGAAGUUAUUUUUAACGAAAUUAGAGAUAUCUCCUAUGAAUUGAUGACUGACGUAUUUGGUAAUUAUGUUAUUCAAAAAUAUUUUGAACAUGGUAGUAAUACUCAGAGAAAUGUGCUUUUGGAGAACAUGUUAGGACAUAUCUAUGAAUUAUCAUUACAGAUGUAUGGUUGCCGUGUGAUUCAAAGAGCUAUCGAAGAGAUCACUUUGGACGGCCAAAUCAAAAUCAUUGAAGAACUUAGAGAUCAUAUCUUGAUUUGUGCCAAGGACCAAAAUGGUAAUCAUGUGAUUCAAAAAUCUAUCGAAAGAAUUCCCUUUGAUAGAAUCAAGUUUGUAUUGGAAAGUUUGAAUAAUCAAAUAUACCAUCUCUCGACUCAUCCUUAUGGUUGCAGAGUUAUUCAGAGAUUGUUGGAUUAUUCUAAUAUUGAGGACCAGGAGAAGAUUUUGAAGGAACUCAACAGAUUUAUUUUUUAUUUGAUCCAGGACCAAUAUGGUAACUACGUCAUGCAGCACAUCUUAGAAAGAGGCAAAAUGAGAGAUCGGGAAGAAAUUCUUAAGGUUGUUUUGGGUUCCGUUGUAACCUUCUCGAAACACAAAUUUGCUUCUAACGUGAUUGAAAAAUGUAUCAAGUUUGGUACUAUAGACCAAAGGAGAAGAAUUUUGCAUGAAGUAAUGCUUGGAAAUGAAGAUUUCAAUGUGGAGUUGGUGAGCGAUGACUCACCAUUGGCCUUGAUGAUGAAGGAUCAGUAUGCAAACUAUGUGAUCCAGAAAUUAGUCGAAGGUUUUGACGCCAAGAGUGAUGAAAAGAGAAGAUUGGUGGUCAAAUUGAGGCAAUACUUGAAACAAAUUUCUUCCAAGAAUACUUACGGCAAGCAUCUUGCUUCUGUUGAAAAGAUGAUUAUUGUUGCCGAGACUGCUUUAAUCGAAGCCGAGAAUAAUUAGACUUCAAUCCCUCUUCCUCAAACCCCAAUCAAGCUCGUUAUUUAUUAUUUUUGUUGCCCUUAAUGUUUAAUUUAUGUAAAUACUUGUCUUUCCUUUACGGUGUCUACUUCUAUUGUCUAUAGUUAACGAGUUAUAUAGUUUUUUAUCAAAUUCAAUGUACAUAUAAGUGAAUAACAAGUCCUUAAGUGGCGAAUUUAAUCCCACGGAACCGAGUACUUCGGCAAUAGGUCCUAAAAUAGUAGUUGUAUUGGCUCAUUAACGAUAAGAGUAGUU